CACCUGGCAGCGGCCAAUCAGCGGUCGCGGCGGCGGCGGACGGCGAUCGAGCGCCGCUCACCUGCUGCGGCCGCGCCCGCUCGCAGCACCCGGCUGGUUCUCUUGGCGGCGGCAGCGGCGGGAGCAGCGGCGCGAUGGUGUGCGGCGGCUUCGCCUGCUCCAAGAACUGCCUCUGCGCUCUCAACCUGCUCUACACGCUGGUAAGCCUGCUGCUGAUUGGAAUUGCGGCAUGGGGAAUCGGCUUCGGCCUCAUCUCUAGUUUCAGAGUCGUCGGAGUGGUGAUUGCAGUAGGAGUCUUCCUUUUCUUUAUUGCCUUAGUUGGACUGAUUGGUGCAGUGAAACAUCAUCAAGUAUUGCUAUUCUUUUACAUGAUUAUUCUUUUGCUAGACUUUAUUGUCCAGUUUUCUGUCUCCUGUGCCUGUUUGGCACUAAACAAGGAACAGCAGAGUCACCUGCUAGAGGUGGGAUGGAAUAACACUGACAGCGCGAGGACAGAUAUUGAGAGAAAUCUGAAUUGUUGUGGAUUCAGAGUUUUUGAUCCAAAUGAAACCUGCUUCUCUGAUUGUUUUAGAAGUCACCAGUGUCAACCAUGUGCACCAAUAAUGGAAGAAUAUUCUGGGAUGGUGCUGAGAUACGUCGGAGGCAUAGGUCUCUUCUUCAGUUUCACAGAGAUUCUGGGAGUCUGGCUGACUUACAGAUACAGAAACCAAAAGGAUCCUCGUGCAAACCCUAGUGCAUUUCUUUGAGAAGCUUAUAAAGGACUGAAUCUUCUCUCUGCAUCCUCUACUUCAAAAUGCAGAUUCUCUAUAGUUUGGUAUUCCUCCAUAAUAGGGAUUGUACACGUAGCCAAAAGAAAACUUUCGUUUCCAUAGAAAUGCGUAGUUUUCAUAUUUAAUUUCCCACUGUUUUUCUUGUAAUAAUCUCUGUCUUGAAGUAGACUGGUGCAUUCAGUAGCUGGGCAGAGUCAGAUUGCUGCUCUGAGCUGGGUAAAUAACUCUUUUAAGACUGUGGUAAUUGAUGUGGUGAACUCUAUAGCACUGCUGGCUUCUCCAGAAAACCCAGAAGUGUUUUCAUUGAUUACAAAAAUUCACAUGAUUUCUCAUUAAAAUGCUAAAGAAUAUUUGGUGGAUGGCUGGACUGUAUGAUUUGACUAGGCUUUAGGAUGAAUUUUAAGUAACUGUUUUGUUUUAGUAAUGGUCUCCCACUUCCCUGUUAUGGUAAAAAUAGAAGUUAAGGAUGCUAUUUUCUGUAGUGCACGUAAGUGUAUGUUAAUGACUACUGUAGUUUUCACCCUUCCCUGGUUUUUUUUGCUUUAUGGUAUCUUUAGAAUUGUGUUGAGAAUAAAAGGAAUUCUUUACUUUUUAAUGGAUAUGUUCACUGUGAGAACAAUGAAUGAAGAAAACCAGGAGAAUGUAA